AAAUUGCAGAAUAUGUGAUUAUUCACACUGUGUUUAGCAAGCUCAGUGUGUGGGUGUGAAUGUGGGUGUAGACCGGGUGACACAUUUACCGUCUGCAUUGAAAGCCUGAGCUUACGUGUACAGGCAAAGCUCAGUUGUCAAGAUCACAGUGAGGAGCAUGGAUACAGACAAGCAAGUCAAUAUUCUUCGAGAAGGAUUUCUGGUGAAAAGGGGUCAUGUUGUACACAACUGGAAGGCACGCUGGUUUGUGUUGACCCCAGACAAGUUGUUGUAUUACAAAUAUGAAGGAGGUAAAAAGGACUCAUGCCAGCGAGGGAAAAUCCUGCUGAAGGACUGUGUGAUAACAUGUCCUUUCCUGGAGUAUGAAAAUCGGCCGUUGGUGAUGAAGCUCCAGACAAAACAUGGGGUGGAUCACUAUUUGGAGGCUUGUUCCAGGGAGGAGAGAGAUGAGUGGGCAGCUGAUAUCACUGCUGCAGUCAAUAAACUGCAAACGACCAAUGGCAAGUCCAAGACAGACCAGCCAGACCCCGCUGAAUCCCAGUUGAACAACAUCAACCUGAGCAAGGUGUUGGACUCAAUGUAUGACGUGCACAGUGGCAUCAAGCUGAGCAACCAUGUGGAGCAGGGCAGCACUUACAGUAACUGCUUCUCAGGUUCAGCGGUGGUGGACUGGCUGGUGUUCAUGCAGCUGGUUCUUACCCGUGUGGAGGCUGUGACGCUGGCCUCGGCCCUGUUGGAGGAGGGUUUCCUGCGAACUGUUGGUCAGAAGAGUGUGGAGGCACUUCGCACUGCCGGCCUCAGCGAGCAAUUCAUGGAUGACUCCACUGCUCUAUACAGCUUUCCUGACAGCUUAAAGAAGAGAGGCAGUGUGAAAGCAGAGACAUCGCUGUCUGCAAUGGAGCUAAGUGGGAAGGUGAUAAAAAGAGGAUAUCUGCUUAAACAGGGGCACAGAAGAAAGAACUGGAAAGUCAGACUGUUUGUUUUGCGAUCAGAACCUGCUUUCCUUCACUAUUAUGAUCCGACCAAGGAUGACAUCAGCCCUGUUGGUGGUUUCUCACUGCGAGGGUGCCUUGUGUCAUCUUUAGAGGAUAACGGCGUUCCCUCAGGUGUUAAAGGCAACGUUCAAGGCAACUUGUUUAAAAUUAUAACUCAGACAGACACACAUUACUUCAUCCAGGCGCCAACUCACCAGGAGAAAAUGGACUGGAUAGAUGCAAUAAGAACACAGUGCUGAUUCAUGUUAAAAACACGUUUCAGCAGGUGAAGAAGAUUUAAUUUAAAUAUUCAGAGAAUGUGUAGCAGUAUCAGAGCUACUGGUUCCAUAACAUUUCUGUACAUUAGUGCCUAAAAUAUAUUUUUUGUUUUGAUUGUUUUCUUUGUGAGUAUAUGAAUGAAUAUGAAUGUUUUGAAAGUUGUAGCAGUGCUUAAACCGAUACACGUAUCGGUUUAAGUUAAACCUUUUUUUACGUGUUAAUAAAAUGCAAAUAAUUAAAAAUCAUUAUAUGAACAUUGUGUCUCUUGCUGAAUUUUAUACAACAUAGUAGUGAAAAGUACAUUUACAAAAAAUUUUACUGUACAUUUCCAGGGCUUUUUUUCUCAGUUCCAUUUUCUGCCACAUAAAUAAAAACAGAAUGCAAUAUUUUGCACUGCAAAUCUAAUAAACCGCCUUUUAUUUACAAUAAAUCAAACCAUAUCAGAUGUUGAAACUGAGGCAUUCUACAAUUUCAUGACAAAUAUUAGCUUAUUUUGUGUUAAAUGGCAGCAUUGUGUCUCAAAAAAGUUUGGACAGCAGCAACAAAAGGCUGGAAAAGUUAGUGGUACUAAAAAGAAGCGGCAACUAAUCAACAAAACUCAAGUAAAGAAGAAGCCGUAUGUGAACAUGAUCCAGAAAUCCCAUCGUCUUUUCCUUGCCAAAGCUCAUUUAAAAUGACUGAGGAAAAACUGGAAAACAACAGCUGGUCUCCUCAGUUACCAGACAUUUAUGAAGUG